AUGUCAGUCACUGCUUCGCUUCCAGUUCCCCACUACAAUGCGGCACUUCCCACAAAAGCCGAUUUGGACUGUGCCGAUCUUCCUACGAUUAAUCUAUCCAAGAUGGAGAGCGCGCAAUGCCGCGCCGCACUUGCAUUUCAAGUCCGGGAUGCACUACUUACCCAUGGGUUCUUCUACGUCGUCAACCACGGAUAUUCACAAGCUCAGACAGAUCGCAUGUUUGAUAUCACCGAUGAGAAACGCCUGUAUGCCGACAUAGAUCAAGAGACUGGUUGGUACCGGGCGUAUAAACUACGACAACAUUGGCACAUUGACGCUGUUGUCCGUGACCAUAUCGAGUUUAUCAACAAUCGAGACGUCCACAAACAAGGUCAUCCUGAAGCAUUACGACCUUCCCCGAGACUCAUUGCACUAAGCCCGGAACUUCCUGAAUAUGCAUUGGUCAAACUCCGUAAUUGCAACGGCCUCGGAGAGGCUUUCGGUACUUAUCCCUGCUCUACGGAGGAUGAAGAGAAAACAAACAAUGUUUGGUUCAAGGGACAUACAAAUCCUGGAAGCAUAACGACUCUAUGGAGCCAACCAGUCGCGGCAUUGCAAAUUCUCGGAAAGGACAGCAAAUGGCGUUGGGUCAAGCAUAUCGUGAAUGCUGGCGACGCGAUAGACUUUCUCACGGGUGAGUAUUACAUGGGGACCAUCCAUCGCGCUUUGUAUGUUGCCAUGACCGAUUGUGACGUCAAGUUGGUGCCGUUGUAUGAGUCCCCUGUCUUGAAGAGGGUCGGGAUCAACCCUUGUUGCGAGAAUAGUGCUCCAACGAUGUUAGAGUGGCGGAGGAGAAGAGCGAAUGGGUAUGGUCGGACCGAACUCAGACCAAGUAAAGACAAGGGAGUCGAGGAGGUCAUUGAUGGUGUAGUCGUCAAACAUUACAAUUGA